AUGCAUAGCGUUUCGGAACACGAAGACCCUGACCUAUAUUUUGAGCCUGUUAUUGCUCUUCCCCCUUUAACAGUCUGUAGUUCCGAGGAGAAUGAAGAGUGCCUAUUCAAACAGAGAGCACAACUGUUUCGUUUCGACACUAUUGACGAUCCCCCAGAAUGGAAGGAGCGUGGGGUUGGAGUGCUGAAAAUUCUACGUAACAGGAUCAGUGGAUGCUAUCGCUUAUUGAUGCGUCGAGAUCGCACGUACAAGGUUUGUGCCAACCAUUAUCUCCUCAAAAAUAUGUACUUACGUCCAAACUGCAGCAGCAGUAGAGCUUUUGUCUGGAGUACGACAGCUGAUUUCGCAGACGAGGUGGUAAAACCAGAGUUAUUGGGUGUUAGAUUUGCUAACUCUACAUAUGCAGAAGAUUUUCGGAAAGUUUUUGAGGAAGGUUGUCAAGCAAGUGAUGAUAAACUAACUGAGAAUAGAUCCAGCAUUGAAGAUGCUCAUUCUGAUAAAGAGGAUAAAACUGAUGAUAUUGGCACGCUCUCGAAUUCUGUCAAAGAAUGUUUGAACAUUGCCUCACCAGAUACCAACUCUUCUGUUCAUUGCAGUUCGAUAAAAACCGAUGCUUAA